CGCGGCGCUGACGUGUCCGGGCGGGCGGUGGCGGCUCCUCCCGGCGCCGGCAGCCACUCGUCGCUGCGAGAGAGGGGCGGGGUGGCCGGGGCCGCGCUCCCCGGGGCCAGCUCGCGGCCCGCCCCGCCGCCCCGGCCCCCCGGAUGAGGGUAUAUAUUCGGAGCUGGCGCGGGACGCCGAGGAGUGGCCGCACGGAGCCGGAGCCGGGCGGAGCCGCGAUCACGCUGAGGGAGGUUUACAGGCCCAGAGAUUAUACCUCUGUCUUCACCACCACCAGAGCAUUAUGAAUGUUAAUGAUCUCAAAGUCAGGUUGUCCAAAGCUGGACAGGAACACCUGCUACAGUUCUGGAAUGAGCUGGAUGAAGCCCAACAGGUAGAACUUUAUGCAGAGCUCCAGGCCAUGAACUUUGAGGAGCUGAACUUCUUUUUCCAGAAGGCCAUUGAAGGAUUUAACCAGUCGUCUCAGCAAGAGAAAAUGGAUGCCCGCAUGGAGCCUGUCCCUCGAGAGGUGUUGGGCAGUGCCACCAGGGACCAAGAUCGGCUGCAAGCCUGGGAGAGUGAAGGACUUUUCCAGAUUUCUCAGAACAAAGUGGCAGUUCUCCUUCUAGCUGGCGGGCAGGGGACGAGACUUGGUGUUGCAUAUCCCAAGGGGAUGUAUGAUGUUGGUUUGCCGUCUCACAAGACGCUUUUUCAGAUUCAGGCGGAGCGUAUCCUGAAGCUUCAACAGUUAGCUGAAAAAUACCAUGGCAGCAAAUGUAUCAUUCCAUGGUAUAUAAUGACCAGUGGCAGAACAAUGGAAUCUACAAAGGAAUUCUUCACAAAGCACAAGUACUUUGGUUUAAAAAAAGAGAAUGUAAUCUUUUUUCAGCAGGGAAUGCUCCCUGCUAUGAGUUUUGAUGGGAAGAUUAUUUUGGAAGACAAGAACAAGGUUUCUAUGGCUCCAGAUGGGAAUGGUGGUCUUUAUCGGGCACUUGCAGCCCAGAAUAUCGUGGAGGACAUGGAACAGAGAGGCAUUUGGAGCAUUCACGUCUACUGUGUUGACAACAUCCUGGUGAAAGUGGCAGACCCCCGGUUCAUUGGCUUCUGCAUCCAGAAAGGAGCAGAUUGUGGUGCAAAGGUGGUGGAGAAAACGAACCCUACGGAGCCCGUGGGAGUGGUUUGCCGAGUGGACGGAGUCUACCAGGUGGUGGAAUAUAGUGAGAUCUCCCUGGCAACAGCUCAGAAACGAAGCUCGGACGGGCGACUGCUGUUCAAUGCGGGGAACAUUGCCAACCACUUCUUCACUGUCCCGUUUCUGAGAGAUGUUGUCAAUAUUUAUGAACCUCAGUUGCAGCACCAUGUGGCUCAAAAGAAGAUUCCCUACGUGGAUUCCCAGGGGCAGUUAAUUAAGCCAGACAAACCAAAUGGAAUAAAGAUGGAAAAAUUCGUCUUUGACAUCUUCCAGUUUGCAAAGAAGUUUGUGGUGUAUGAAGUACUACGUGAAGAUGAGUUUUCCCCGCUGAAGAACGCGGACAGUCAGAACGGGAAGGACAAUCCUACCACCGCGCGACACGCCCUGCUGUCCCUUCAUCACUGCUGGGUCCUCAACGCGGGGGGCCACUUCAUAGACGAAAACGGCUCUCGCCUCCCAGCCAUUCCUCGCAGUGCUACAAAUGGGAAGUCAGAGACCAUCACAACUGAUGUCAAUCUCAACUUGAAGGAUGCCAAUGAUGUACCAAUUCAGUGUGAAAUCUCUCCUCUUAUCUCCUAUGCUGGAGAAGGAAUAGAAAGUUACGUGGCAGAUAAAGAAUUCCACGCGCCUUUAAUCAUUGAUGAGAACGGAGUCCAUGAGCUGGUGAAGAACGGCCUGUGAACUGGAGACUAAGUUCCACCACAGCUCCUAUGGCUAAUUUCAGGAAGGGGAGGAUGGGCAGGAUGGGGGCAGUGGUGUUCCUGGAGAGGAGCGGCGGCUGAGGGACACUGGGUGCAGUGAGAGCAAAGGGUCUGGGAGCCACUGAGCCGUGACGUUACGAGGUGGCUGCAUUAUACACCUUCACACGUCCUUGGUAAAUAAUUGUUCUAAUUCAGAAAAUACAGAAUUGGGUAAAAUGGUUAUAAAAACAUGAACUAGACUCAUUUGGCAACAGUGUGAUAGAAUUUACAUGAGAGUUAAUAAUCACUUUGAGUGUCAUUGAAAUCACCCUUGCACGUAUGUUAAUAACUUUACUGAUAGUCACAAAUGAACAUAUAAGCCAAAUAGGCUGUGUUAUUUGAAUAUUUGAUUUUUGUUCCUCAAUUUCCCUCUUGCUUCUUGAAAUUGAUGCAGUUUUGGUAUCUAAAAAGGAAUUACUAGGGAUAUCUACAGAAAGAUGAACAAAAAUAAUUUUAUGUUCAAUCUAGCCCUUCUUUUCCCCAGUUUGAAUUGUUAUUGGUAACAAUGUGGGUUCAUUGCUAACCGCAGCUUACUAUCUGCAGUGUAUCCUCUUGGUGAUUCAUCAUGGCACAGUCAGAUCUCAGUUAUCUAGGUAAAACGAGGCGAGGACAAACACAUGAUCCAAGAGAGUGACUAAAACACAAGCCAUUCAGUUGACCUGGAAGUGUGGUUUCCUACUAGACGAGACUGAUGCUUUUGCAGUUCAGAGAGCCCUCCAGAGAGCCCCAGUUUGGGAAAGGCAUGCUGGGAAGUGAUGGAGUGAGUCAGCCAAUGAAGGCUGAGUGCCUGUCACAUGCCCAGCACUCCCUGGGAUAAAAGCACAGAGCCCUCUCCUUACACGGCUUGCGUUCUGGUUCAGGGGAUAAAAGUAACCCCCUUAGAUAAUGCAAGGAUGAUUUAGUACUAAAAUGCAAGGAAGCAAGGUCAGUGGGAGGUGAACAAGGGUCACUGUUAUGGACUGGAGUUUGGUACGGCAGAACUUCUCAACGACAAACCCUGUUAUCUUGAGAGAGGGGAUGUUAAGGUCAGAAGUUUCUGUUCCAACAAGAAGACAUACCUUAAUAGUUCUACCAUGUCUUAUGAAAAACCAGUGAGGUUUUUACUCAUCAGAACCAUGUUUCACUCAUAGUAAGCUCUCAAAUAAUUUGGCUCUGAUUCUAUUGGAUUUAGUUGCCUUAAAAUCAAACGUGUAUUGUGAUUCAGAUAUGGAUUAUUAGUGGGAGUUGGUGAUUGUGGGGAGGAGGGGUUACUUAGCCGCAUCCAGUUGCCAGGUGCUGUCCAAGUUGUAGGGUUAAUGAGCAGACCUGUAACGGUGAUUUUUCCAAGUGUGGUCCCCUGACCGGGUACAUCAGUGUCACCUGGAAACUUGUUAGAAACACACAUUCUCAGAAUCACUCCAUUAUGCAUUCGUGGGUGGGGCCUAGAAACUUCUAUUCUGACACACCCUCCAGGUGAUUCCGAUGUAUCCCAAAGUUUGGGAACCAUUGCUCUAAGAAGGCUAACCAGAAGGUCAGGGGCAGUACCAAAAAGAACAUACCCUAGGGGAAACAGGCCCGUGUGCGUAGAUCAAGAAAAGGGGAGGCCAGAAACCAAAUAGAUCUGGCUUAGGUGAGCUUUCUUCUUUAAAAGACGGAGGGAAUGGUGGCGGUGGUGGUAAGAGUAGAAGACGGAGCUAGAGAGACCUGACCUGGACGCUUGUAAUUGCGAAGGACAAUGGUUUCUAAACCCUUUGGAUUCUCUGGAUUGCUUGGAGAGAUUUAAAAAAAAAAAACAAAAAAACCCAAAAACAACUCCAGUUCUAGAGAUUGUGAUUCUCAGUCUGGUGGAAGGCCUGGGUACCUAAUUUGUAAAAAAGCACUGGAUGAUUCUAGCAAGCAUUUAGGAGUGAGAAUCACUGACUUGCGGGCAGAGACUUAGCGAAGGGUGAGGGGAACAAGAGUCUGGAUAUGUUCUGGCUUUGAAAAACCAGACAAGGGAGGCCAGAGAUGAAGAACAUAUCAUUUGAGAGGAAGAGCGCAAACAGAAGCACAAACAGGUGGGCAGGGCCAGGGAACAUGCAUCCUGGGGACGGUUCCACUUUGCAAACGCCUCAGAUUGCUAGAAAGAGCCACCCUACACUGGGCUCUUCCUAAAUUUUAUCCCUCUCCAAUUCAGAGCGUUUCCUCCAGCUAGAGUGAGGGUAGUAGGGGAAACAAAGUUAAGGAAUAAUUUGGUUUAAAAAUAAGAGUUUCAGGGGCGCCUAGGUGGCUCAGUCAGUUGAGCGUCUGGCUCUUGAUUUUGGCCCCAUUCACGAUGUCACAGUCGUGGGAUGGCGUCCACAUUGGGCUCACACUGAUUGUGAAACCUGCUUGAGAUUCUCUCUCCCUCUUCUCCUCUACCCCGCUCGCUCACCCUCUCUAAAAUAAAAAAUAAAUAAAAAUAGGAGUUUAGUCUGAAUGAGAAAUAAAAAGUAAAAAUGUGGUAAGGUGAUGGCAUCAUGGGUGGGUUUUUCCUCUGUAUUUCAUAAAUUUUUGGAUGAUGCAUUCUUAGUAAUUUUAUGAUAAAAAGUUUUAUCCUUUAUAAAGUCUCAAAGGAUGAAUAAACCAAGGGUAUUCACAUUGACCAGUUAGGUGCUUCUGUGAGAGAACUCAGAGGUAACAUUGGGUGUGAUGAGGCCCACAGAGUGUAGACGUACCUUCAGAUAACGGAGUGUGGACAGUGCACCAUUGGAGUGUAAGGCACCGUGGUCUUUGUAUGCUGUCAUCUCUGACCUUGGCCAUUACUUGGAGCUUCCUGUGUGAAGCAAAUGUCUGGUACGAAAGCCUUUCUGCGAGGCUGAACAGGAGUCCUCUGGUGGAAUAUAUGAAUUCAGUAUCUGCUCACUCCCUCUUAAAGAUGAGAGGCUAAGAGGCUUGCCAGAAGCUCAGUGAGUCAGUGGUGACACCAAAUAUGUUUAUAUAGACAUAGUGUUUUCAAACUUCUGAACCGAGUUAGAAGACAACGUAAGAACAGAAAGUCUAUUAUUAUAGUUGUGUGACUCACUGUUUCCACAUCAGCUCUCUCAUUUCUAUCUCAGUAAUUCUACUUCUCAGAAAGUGUUCCUUCUUAGAUUUUUUUCUAGUGGGCACAUUUUUUUGUUUUGUUUAGUUUUGUUGUGCAGAAUGAUGCGUAGAACUCCUACAUAUUCUAUACAGCAAAAUAUAGACUAACGUAGGUGAUGUGUAUGAGAUUGAAAUGGGACUUGAUAAAUUUCCUUUUAAAGUUUAAAAUUUCUCCUAAUUUAUGUACUUCUAAGAGGUCUGAAAUUUGACAAAGAGAUUAUUACUAUCAUUUUUUAAAAUUUUUACUGAAAUUCUAGUUAGUUAACGUACAGUGCGAUAUUGGUUUCAGGAGGAGAAUUCAGUGAUUCAUCACUUACAUGUGAUACCCGGUGCUCCUCACAAGUGCCCUCCUUAGUACCCAUCACCCGUUUAGCUCAUCCCCCACCCACCUUCCCUUCAGCAACGCUCAGUUUGUUCUCUGUAUUUAAGAGUCUCUUAGGGUUUGUUUCCCUCUGUCUUCUUCUUUUUCCCUUUCCCAUAUGUUCAUCUGUUUUUUUGUUAAAUUCCACAUAUGAGUGAAAUCAUACGAUAUUUGUCUUUCUCUGACUCACUUAUUUUCCUUAGCAUAAUACACUCUAGCUCCAUCCACAUUGUUGCAAAUGGCAAGAUUUCAUUCCUUUUGAUGGCUGAGUUAUAUUCCAUUUGUGUGUGUGUGUGUGUGUACACGUACACAUACGUACCAUGCCUUCUUUAUCCAUUCAUCAGUUGAUGGACAUUUGGGCUCUCUCCAUAGUUUGGCUAUUGUUGAUAGUGUGGCUAUAAACAUUGUGUUGCAUGUACCGCUUCAAAUCUGUAUUUUUAUAUUCUUUGGGUAAAUAUCUAGUAGUGCAAUAGCUAGAUCGUAGGGUAAUUAUACUUUUAACUUUUUGAGGGAACUCCAUAUUGUUUUCUGGUGUGGCUGCACCAGUUUUCAUUCCAACAAUGCAAGGUUUCCUUUUCUCUGCAUCCUCGCCAACACCUGUUGUUUCUGGUGUUGUUAAUUUUAGCCAUUCUUACAGGUGUGAGGCGGUAUCUCAUCAUGGUUUUGAUUUGUCUUUCCCUGAUGAUGAGUGAUGUUGAACAUUUUUUUCAUGUGUCUGUUAGCCAUCUGGAUGUCUUCUUUGGAAAAGUGUCUAUUCAUAUCUUCUGCCCAUUUCUCCACUGGAUUAAUUGUUUUUUGGGUGAUGAGUUUGAUAAAUUCUUUAUAGAUUUUGGAUGUUAACCCUUUACUCGAGAUGUCACUUGCAAAUAUCUUCUCCCAUUCCACAGGCUGCCUUUUAGUUUUGUUGAUUGUUUCCUUCAGUGUGCAAAAGCUUUUGUCUUGGUGAAGUCCCAAUAGUUCAUUUUUGCUUUUGUUUCCCUUGCCUCUGGAGAUGUGUCUAGGAAGUUGCUAUGGCUGAGGUCACAGAGGUUACUGCCUGUGUUCUCCUCUAGGAUUUUGAUGGUUUCCUGUCUCACAUUUAGGACUUUGAUCCAUUUUGAAUUUAUUUUUGUGUGUGGUGUAAGAAAGUGGUCCAGUGUCAUUCUUGUACAUGUUGCUGUCCAGUUUUCCCAACACCAUUUGAAGAGACUGUCUCUUUUCCAUUGGGUGUUCUUUCUUGCUUUGUCAAAGGUAAGUCGACCAUAUAGUUGUGGGUCCAUUUCUGGGUUUUGUAUUCUGUUCCAUUGAUCUAUGUGUCUGUGGUUGUGCCAGUGUCAUAUUGUCUGAUGAUUGAUUACAGCUUUGUAAUGCAGCUUGAAAUCCGUAAUUGUGAUGCCCCCAGCUUUGCUUUUCUUUUUCAGGAUUGCUUUGGCUAUUUGGGGUCUUUUGUGGUUCCAUACAAAUUUUAGGAUUGUUUGUUCUCACUCUGUGAAAGAUGCUGGUGGUAUUUUGAUGGGGAUUGUGACAAAGACAUGAACAUCUCAUGAACAUAACAUAGUGAAUAUCAAGUAAAGAUAACCAUGGCUAAUACCUUACGAUGGCCCUUAACCGUGUGGUGGGCAUUGCUUGAAGCACUUUAUCUACAUUGUCUCAUUGAAUCCUUACUACUGUCCUAUGAAGUGUGAACUUCUAUUGUCCAGUCCAUAAACUAGUAAGAAGCAGGGCUGGAAAUUGAACCCAAUGUCUGAAUCCAGAGACUUACUCUUUUUCAUUUUUUUUUAUUUAAAAAUUUUAAAUAUACACAAUAGUAGAGAACAGAAUAACAGCCCUCUGUUACUUAGUUUCUAACAAUUAACUUUGGCUAAUAAUGUUUCAUUUAAUUCCCACCUCCAAUGCCCCCAUGGAAUUAUUUCAUAAUCAGUUCAACGUGUUGGAUGUAAUACUGCAGUAUACAUCUAAGAGCUAGGUGUGUGUGUGUGUGUGUGUGUGUGUGUGUGUGUGUGUAUCCACACAACUUAAAAACCUUAAUAAUUAAUAAUGAUUCCUUUUGUCAUCUGCCAUGCAUUGAAUGUUUGUGGUCCCCCCACCCCUGCCUCCAGUUCCUAUGUUGAAUGCUAACCCAAUGUGAUAAUAUUAGGAGGUGGGUUGGAGGUGAUUAGGUCACGAAGGUGGAGUCCUCAUAAAUAGAAUCAGUGUCCUUAUAAAAGAGACCACGAGAGUUCCCUUACCGCUUCCACCUUUGGAGGAUAUGGCAAGAUGACCACCAUCCCUCUGUGAAUCAAGAAGCAGAAACUCACCAGACACCAAAUCUUCCAGUGCCAUGAUCUUGGGCUUCCCAGCCUCCAGUACCGUGUGAAAUAAAGUUCUGUUUUGAAGUCCCUCAGUCUGUGACAUUUUUGUUAUAUCAGCCUGAAUGGAUGAAGAUGUCAUCUGAUAUGAUCCCACGAGUGUUCAAAUGUCCCCAAGUAUCACAUAAAUGCCUUUUUAGUAUUGAUUUAUUUGGAUCAGGGUUUAAAGUCCACUUAACUGCUUUUGUGAUGUUUCUUACAUGGUUUUAACUUGUGCAUGUCCUUUUUUUUUUUUUUUUUAAUAUUUAUUUCUUUGGAAAAAACUGGUAAUUUUUCCAGUCUUGUAGAUUUUGGAUUUCAUUUCCAUGUUAACAUUUUCCUCUAUCUUCCAUAUUUCUUGAAAACUAGUUGUGUCUGGGACUUGAUCAGAUUCAGGUUCAUUUUUUCCCCCCAUAAAAAACACUUUCUAGAUGGUUCUGUGUAUUUCCUAUUGAAUCUCACUAGAAGGCGUGUGUCUGUGAUGUGAAGAUUGGCAUUUUUUUUUUUAAAUUAAAAAAAUGUUUAUUUGAAAGAGAGAGAGAGUGAGAAAGUGCAGACGUGAGUUGGGGAGGGGCAGAGAGAGAAGGAAUGAGAGAAUCCCAAGCAGGCUCCCUGCUGACAGUCCCACAUGGGGUUUGAAUCCACAAACCACCAUGAGAUCAUGAGCUGAGCUGAGGUAGAGUUGGGACGCUUAAACGACUGAGCCACCCAGGCACCCCUAGUUAGCUUUCUUAAGGAUUGUUUGUUCUGCCUCUGUAGGUAUUGUCAGCCCGAUCCAGCCAUUAUAAAGCCCCCUCCAACCUUUCAUCUAAUGUCUUAGCAGCUACUGAGUCUUGUUUCCAAGAUCCAUUAUUUCAUUAGGGGCUGAAAAAUGAGAUUUUCCUACCACUUCUUUUGUACUGAUUAGCAAGAAUUCUUUAUAAAGAAACAUUUCCAUCAAUUGUUUGUUUACCUAGUACAGCAAAAACAGUAUAAAUCCUUGAAUCUUUACCAGUUUCCAGAAUAGUGAGCUCUGCCCCAGCUCUCUCCAGAGAUGGCCAGUGAAGCACUCCCUAAUCCUGAAUAUUAUUAUGAACUCAGUGAUUUUUGAUGGUUGAUGUGUUUCCAUGCGUUACAGUCAUUAUUAGUUUGGGCCAGUGAGCCCUUUGAAUUGGCUCCUGUGUCCUGACAUAACUCCAGUAUUUUUUUGUAGCUUCUUUAUGUUUCAGGAUCAACUUAAACAUUUCCAGCCCUACUCUAGACAGAUGCUUGGUUUUUUUGAAUACCGAUUUAGAUGUUUUAUAAAAUACAUUUAUGAACUAAUUUAUUGUGACACAUUUUACUUUUCUGACUUUAGGGGAAACCUUGCGAUGAAAAUUUAGAUCUGUAAAUCCAAAUUUACUUGUGAAAUCAAGCCUACACUCUUGGACUGAAGGACUGAGACUACAUUCUAGAAAGAUCCAGUCUGCUCUGGGAUGAGAGUGUACAUAAUGAUUGUAGUUAGGGGAUGUGCCAAGAGUCAGUUUUUAGGAACCGUGGUCCUCACACUCCUGUCUCUGUGCUCCCAGAGUCUGUGACUCAACCUCAUGCAAGUUAAGUGUGGAUGAUUCUUACACACGCCACAGGGGUCACCUUUAAAUGAGAGUGUAAUCACCUUUAAAUGAGAGAAGUACUCAGUGGUGCCCGCACUGGAAAGAGUCCAACUUGCCAAAGGAAGCCAUUUCUCCAAGAAGCUUUGGUUCCUUUUAAUAGGAUAUGGUCUUUAGAUACUAUAACGUGGGCACUAGGAAUAUUUAUUGCCAGAGGUUUUAGGCCUUUUUACAGGACCAAGCUAAAAAAUAUAUUAAACAAUUUUUUUUUAGAGGGAGAGAGCAUGAAUAGGAGAGAGGGGCAGAGAGAGAGAGAGAGAGAGAGAGAGAGAGAGAAUCUUCAGCAGGCUCCACACUUAACGUGGAGCCUGACAGGCUUGAUCUUAACCAUGAGACCAUGUCCUGAGCCAAAAUCAAGAAUCGGACACUUAACCAACUGAGCCACCCAGGUGCCCCAUUUUGUUUUGAAAACAAAACAACAACAAAAAAAACGACAUCGGUAUAAACUGAUAAUUCCAAUUUUUAAAAAUAAGGUACUACUUUGAUUUUGUUUGUGUCUCUUUUAAGCUGAAAAUCUUGGUUCCUAACAAUGUAAUUAUUUAUUUUAAAAAUAUUACUGUGAUGGUUAAUUUUGUGUGUCAACUUGGCUGGGCCAUGGUGCCCAGAUAUUUGGUCAAAUGUUAUUCUGGGUGUUUCUCUGAGGGUGUUUUGGAUAACUAACAUUUAAAUUGUUUGACUUAGAAUAAAACAGAUUGGCCUUCACUAUGUAGGUGGGCCUUAUCAAAUCAGUUGAAGCCCUUAGCAGAACAAAGACUGACCUUUCCCGGGCAAGAAGGAUUUCUCUUAGCUGAUGGCCUUUGAACUUGAAUUGCAACACUGGCUCUUCCCUGAAUGUUCAGCCUGCCAGCCUACCCUACAGAUUUUUGACUUAAAUUCCAUGAGCUAAUUCCUUAAAAUAAAUUUAUCUCUAUAUACUCA